AUGAAUGAUCACACCCACCAAACUGAUUUAUCUCUUAUUCUUAUAUUGCCAGGUAAGGAUAUCAAUUUUAUUUCAGACAAUUCCAAUAAUGAGAGCGUUAUCAUUGGUUCAUCAUUGGCAGGAAGUCUUACUUUCAUAAUAGUUAUCGUCAUCUACUGCAAAAAGAGCAGAAACGGAACUCCAGAUUCACUGAUUCAAAAAGGCGGUUUACAAGUCAGUGCGACACCAUUGGAUGGAUUCCCUCAACUCACUCCAUCUUCUAGUAAUGCAUCUGACGGUAGUUACCCAGAAUCAACAUUUCAUGGCAGGAAAUUUGAACCGUUAGACCCUGAGAUGUAUUUGCAGCAAAAUGACUUUACCGAUAAUUUAAUAAAUUCACAACAUAAUAGUCAUGCUAAGCUGUCGACUCUAGACAGUGUGUACAGCCAUCUCAAGAUGGAAGUCGGCCAUUACGACAAAAUAGAUCUGCCAUUCGACAGUAGACAGGAAACUGAUGACGACUUAUACUCUCCACACAGUUCAAACAGUUGUUCCAAUAAUACAGACUCGGGGUGUUCAUCGAGAAACUGCGAGAAGAGAUCUUUAUCGUCCGUAAAGCAGUGCAGCGAGACUCUAAACAACAAUUCACAAACAAGAGAUAUAUUUGUAACCCAUGACAUCCGCGAAAUAGGACUUUCUAAAACUGGUAUGAUGAAGAAAAAUGGAAUUUCAUCAGUAAAGGUGAAGGUAGAAGCAAUACUCUUGGACGAAUUGUCAAGAAAACUGCAUAGCUUUAAAAGGAAACCUGAAGAUAUCGAAUAAUAAUAAUACUAAAGUACAGACGAACCUCAUACAAAUACUGAGAUACAGACCUACCUCAUAAAUAUGGGGUUAUGAAAAUCUAAAUAUAAUUCAAUGUGUACAUUUAAAAUUUCUGAAAACUAUUUUUAAUUUGAAAAGCUCAACUCCUAAUCAUAUGAUAUAUGGAAAAUCUGGGAGUUUUCCGAUCUAUAUCAAGUCAAAGUUUUUACAAGAAUGGUUACAUACUGGGCAAAAUUGUUAUACUCAGAAAAUAAAAUUGUUAAUAUUCUUUAGAGAUAUUUUUGUACCCAGUAUGAUAAAGUUGGAUAUAAAAGCCCUUGGAUUGACUGUGUUCAAAAUAUUUUAGUCGUGUGUGGACUUUCAAAUAUUUGGAAUGAGCAAGGUUAUUGUGUAAAUGUUAAAUGGUUAUCUACAGCAGUUAAUCUGAUUUUGAAAGA